UAAAAUAUUUACUCGUUCUUCCGGCCAGUUGUGGUUACUGGAGUUAAGCACGCGGUUGUUUUUGAAUGUUCUCCCAGCCGUUAUAGGAAACGGUUCCAGGAUUUUGUGUGGUUACAGAAACGAAACAGUUGACCUUAUUUACUUAACCAACUAAAAUAAAAUAUAACACCAUUUCAGCCAUUAUGAAAAUGGUUUGGUGUCUGUGUGCCCUGUGGGCAACCAUUUGUCUCGGAGACAACAUCUACACUAACAGCUGGGCAGUUCAUUUGAGCGGCACGCCUUUACACAUUGAGAGGAUCACAAGGAAAUAUGGGUUCAUCAAUUUAGGGAAGGUAACACUUCAGCUAAAAACUAUAACUUACAAUGGAAUAGCAAAAUAGCCAAACUCCCAUAUUAGCUAAUUAGGCUAAAUAGUUUAGCUUUUUACGGCUUAUUAAUCGCAGGAAUUCAUUUUAACUUAGAUAUUUGCGGACGGAAACUACUACCAUAUGAAGCAUAGAUCAGUAGCGGAGCAGUCGUUCCAGGCUCAUCAUUCACACAACCUACGAAUGAAAAGAGAUCCUAAGGUAUUUUGGUUCGCCCAACAGUCAGCGAAGCCUCGAAAGAGACGUCAUCCUACGCCACUCAACGAUCCACUCUUUAACGAGCAGUGGUUUCUGAGUGAUGCAUUUAGUCAGAAUGUGGUGGCAGCCUGGAUAAGGGGCUGUACAGGGAAAGGCGUUGUGGUCUCCGUAUUAGAUGAUGGCAUUGAGAAGAGCCACCCUGACCUUUCUGAAAAUUAUGACCCGAAGGCCAGCUAUGAUAUGAAUGAUAAUGAUGCCAACCCGGAACCUCCAUACUCACAGAUCAGUCAAAAUAGGCAUGGAACACGCUGUGCUGGGGUAAUUGCAGCUGUGGCAAACAACACAGUGUGCGGUGUCGGGGUAGCAUUUAAUGCCAGGAUUGGCGGUAUUCGGAUGCUAGAUGGCUAUGUCACUGACUUACUGGAGGCUAAGUCACUUACCUUCAAUCAGCAACACAUUAACAUCUACAGUGCCAGUUGGGGGCCCAAGGAUGAUGGCAAGACUGUGGAUGGGCCUGGAAUACUGGCCUCUGAAGCAUUCAUCAGAGGCAUAAGCAGUGGUCGAGGUGGCUUGGGUUCCAUUUACGUGUGGGCCUCUGGGAAUGGUGGUACCAACUUGGAUAACUGCAAUUGUGAUGGCUAUUCCAGCAGUAUAUAUACACUAUCCAUUGGCAGUGCCACAGAGAAAGGAACUGUGCCCUAUUACAGUGAGCCCUGCCCUGCCAUUAUAACGACAACUUACAGUGGAGGAAGCUGGCAUCACCGCAAAAUUGUCACCACAGACGUACGGCACUCUUGCACUUCUGAUUAUACAGGAACCUCUGCGUCUGCUCCUCUGGCUGCUGGGAUCCUUGCACUGGCAUUGGAGGCAAAGUAACAACUUCUCUGUAAUUAUAAGAGCACAGUAACCACUUUGUUUUUGUUUUAUAAAAAAAAAGAAAAGAUUUGGCUUACCAAUGAAAGCUGAAAGGACUGAAAUACACUGGCCAUUUCCUCAGCCCUGCACUGACUUGGCGUGAUGUGCAGCACAUCACAGUGCGGGCAUCUAGACCAGCUGGGCUUAGAACAAAAGACUGGCGCACCAAUGGGGUGGGAAGACCUGGUGAGUUUAGGGUCAGGGAAGGAUAGCAUAUACUUAGUUUUUCUUUGGUUCAAUAACAUUCUUCUGUCUUGUGUGCUGUAUCAGUUAGCCAUUACUAUGGGUAUGGGCUGCUGGAUGCUGCAAGGCUGGUUGAUCUGGCCAGAAAAUGGGAUCCAGUGCAACCACAGAGGAAGUGCCUCACUGAUGUCAUCACCAGCCCCCAUGAGCUUCGUGGGAAGCUGAUACUAAAGUGGAAUGAGACAGCCUGUCUGAGGACCAAAAACUGGAUUCACUCUCUGGAACACAUCCAGGCACGACUCACACUGGCCUACACUAAGCGAGGAGCCCUGUCACUUACCCUCACCAGUCCCAUGGGAACCCGCUCCGCGCUGGUCACCGUCAGGCAAGACAUAAGCACCAGUACUACCGUAAAUUUAAUGCCCACAAAGCGGUUCCACAAAUUUGCCUUUUAAUAUAAAAUAAACUGUAAAGAUUGGCACUAUAUGUGAUCUCAUUAAAAAAAAAAAAAAAUGAACAGAUGCAAUUUGUGAAAUGUACGUCUAAUAUAAAGGCAUGUAGAUGUAUGUGAAGAUUCCUUUUGUUUCAUGGAAGGUCAGUCAUCCUUUUAAGCAUUGUAGUGUGAUGGUUCUCAAUAAAAGUUGGGACCAUCGAACAAGACACCCAACCAGCUCAUUACAUGUAUCAUGGCUUAUUAAACUAUAUUUCACCAAUUUGUGUAGUGUAACUGCAAACUUUUAUAGGAUCAGAGAUGGGGGAAAUAGAAUAGCUAUGUCCUUCCCACUGUCUUGGCUUUUUCAGGCCUUUAGAUGCAUCUGCAAAGGGAUAUAAUGACUGGGUCUUCAUGAGCACACACAGCUGGGAUGAGGACCCUCGUGGCCUAUGGACUUUCCAAAUAGAAAAUAAGGGAGAUCUAUCCAAUAGAGGAUUCUUGACCCAUUUCCAAGUAGUGCUGUAUGGGACGGAGGAACGUGUGAUAGAAAGGCAGAUGGAGGGAGCAGUGGUUAAGCCAUGUGAAAUUAUAAGCUCUGAUGGGGGCUGUAAAGAGUGUGCCUAUCCCCUGUACAUGUUUGAGACCAUCUGCUCGGCAUCCUGUCCCCCUCAUUACUAUGAGUCGGGUAGCAACAGCACCAAGUCUGAUCGGAGGUGCCUACUGUGCCAUCAUACCUGCCAGACUUGCUUUG